AUGGCGGACAAGGUCCAGAGAGUCCUAGAAGAGCUCGCCCCUGAGCUACAGACCUUGUCUACGCUAAAGAUAUUCACAAACGAUGAAAUAAAAAGAAUCGUAGAAAAAACUAGGGCCUUCGAAUACGAGACUCUGAGUACGGACCCGGAUAUCGCUCUAUAUGCCUUCAAACGUUAUCUCGAGUAUGAAAUCGAGCUUGAAGGCCUAUUUAAGAAGCGAUAUCACGCCUACAGAGAAGAAAACGUUGGAAAAAGACCUAACGACUUAAAACGACUCUUUAAACUGGAUAUACCUAUAAAAUUCAUAUUCCGUCGGCGCAUACAUCGCAUAUUUCGUAGAUGUACCAAUAGAUUUAUCGCAGAAGUGGAUUUAUGGCACAUGUACUGCAAGUUUUGCUAUAAAGCAAGGUCUCUAAGUCUCCUCGACAGGGUUAUCAUGAGUGCGAUAGCUAAAAACCCAAAGGUUGAGUCUCUUUGGACUAUUUCAGUCGCGUAUACCUUGAACUACCGCGGAAUAACCGCCGCCAGAAACAUCAUACAGAGGGCAAUCAGAGUCAUACCGACUAGUUUGGAAAUGUAUUCUAUUUUAUUGGAGCUAGAGGUAAAGGCAACGUAUAAUAAUUACACCUCACUUCUUGCGAACGAAUCAGGCGGUGAUCCGAAAGAUAAAAAGGAUACUCUAUCCAUACAGACAUGGAAAACAGUAUGCAAAUAUGCUCUUACAAAGUUGAGUAGUGAUGAUACGUCAAGGUUUCUUUUCUUUGCAACUUCUCUUACUUGCAGGUUAAAACGGGAGAAGGAGUUCAUUAAGAUGCUAAAUGGAUACGAUGAAUUCAGUAAGAAUAUUUUUGACCAAAUGAAUGCCAUGGGCGAAAAAUAUCCGUUACUCUAUCUAUACACUUGGCAACAUGGCUUGUUGGAGAAGAUAUUGGUUGAAAAAUAUGCAAAGGGUGGUAAUACUAGCCCUAAUUCUGAUGUCCUUUUAUCUUUUCUCGAAAAGUGUAGUGAACACAGCUUGCCCCUCUUUUUCAGCUUUUUGUGUACUAUAUUAAAGAGGGAACCAGAAUCUUCGACACCAAGCAUUUCCCUUGAUGAUUCCCUCUUUUCCAUAGAUACCCAAGGAUUCAUUGAAAAUGCUAGCUCUGUGAAAGAUGCGCAUGUGGACAUGGGUUUUGACCCCUUCCUUUACAAGUUUUGCUUCGGGAUUAAAAGUCUCUAUAGCAUUUGUUUUUUGGAUGAGAUACCUGAUAAUUUCGAUACUAUUAUAAAUGAGUGUAGAUUUACUAGGGGGUUAGCUUCAAAAAAACAACUUUUUGCCCUGAAAAAGCUCUUCAAGGAAUACCUAGUUAACAUUAUCAAGUCGGAAGGUACUUACAGGGGUAAAAAUGCCAAGUCUACACCCUUCAUAUCAUCUCUUGUUCUUGUAAAUGUUCCAGUUGAUGGUCUCAUAUACUAUUUUGAGGCUCUAUCUGCAAUCUUGGAAUUUGUCGAAUCCCCUGAUUUAAAGUCGAGAAUUACUCAAGAAAUAACAGACAGGAUCUUAAAAUGUAAAAGCACUCCUCCAAAGCUUCUUGUAUAUAUUUUAAAUGCCAAGGAUAUUCCUGUAGAUUUUAAAUUAUCGCUAUUUAAUCAAGCCAGUCUUAAUUUAUCAAACACCCAAAUCAAAGAUUCACUAGGAGCUAUUUUAGCAAUGGAUCUUGAAAUGGAACUCGUAGCACAUUUUAUUCUCUUGUUAUUCUCUCAUACUUCGGUUCCAGAGUCAAUAGGAGAGUCUCUGGAAAAAUUAAACAUUGAAUCGCCAUCUACACUUGAAACAAUUUACAAGGUUAUAGUGAGCGACAAGCUUAUUGUGCAAAGUGUAUAUAGAGUCCCAGUUAUUCACGCAUCAUUGAACCUUGUUCGUCUCAAUUUGGAGAAAAUUUCCAAGACAGUAGAUUCUCUAAUAAACGAGUCUCCAGAUGUAGGUACAGAUAAGCUAGCGGAUCUAUGCACACAAGCCAUAACUCUAUGCGAGAAGGCUGUGGAUAUAUGCAAAUACAUAAAGGACAACGAAAUCCUUGAAAAAUGCUGGGAAACUUACACGAAUUGUGCAAAGAUACUGGAAGAGUACGACUUAAAGCUCUCGUAUCUCGGACAUUCUCUAUACAAGGACGUAUCUAUCAAAAAUCGCAUUUCAUCGGAUUCCAUAGUUUCAAGGUCAAAUAUGGCCCUAAAUAACACAAGAAACUUACUUUAUAAAUAA